AUGUCAUAUGUGAUUCAAAUAUUAAAAGAAGUUAUAGAGGUUGUGAUACAGGCCGAAAAAAAUGACUUAAGAUACAGAAGGUUGCGCGCUAAGUUGGAUGGAGCUCUGGAGACGCUUGAAACUCGUUCUCGUCAUAAUUCGAGUAACCCAUUCGGCAAACGAAAUACCGAAAAUUUAAUCAAUUCAUUGAAAAAAAUUCAUACAUUUUUAGAGAAAUCCAAGAAAUCCAAAGGACGUUUUCAUCAAAUUCGCCAUACUCUUCUUCGGAUUAUUAAUGCAAAACAGAAUGCAGACGAGAUUAAGGAAUUGGAAGAUGAGUUGGAUUCGGCUCUAAUCGCAAUCACAGCCUUUAUGACAGCACAGAGAACUACUAGAUGUUCUAUUCUUUGA